AUGAGAAUAUCAAGAAGUUGCUCUGUUGUAGCAGUGGCGGCUGAGGGUGCUGUACUCCGGCCCCGGCAAGUUUCCAACAACAAUAACAAUACCUAUUACCCAUUCCCCUCAGGUUUCCCUCAAUACCCGCAGGGCUUUCCUCAACCUCCUGCCUUCCCUGGGUCCAACCAGAUCCCGUACUAUCCUCAACCACAGCCAGAACACCCACAUCCAUCAGGCGUACAGAGGGACACACCAGUUGUGGUUACCACUCCCAUCCCGAUCGUCAAGGUGAACAUCCAGCCCAAUCUAGGUGACGGAAACUACCAAUUCAGCUACGAGACUGGGAACGGAAUCAUAGCCGAAGAACGGGGCACCCAGCGUUUGGUCGGGGAACCAGCAGAAGCAGGCACAGUGUCCGAAGGGUCAUACUCCUACACCGAUCCAGAGGGGAAUCUCAUCCAGGUCACCUAUACAGCCGACGAGAAUGGAUUCGUCCCCCAAGGUAACCACUUCCCUACUGCGCCACCUGUCCCAGCAGAAAUCCUGGCUGCACUCGAAAGGAAUGCUGCAGAAGAGGCCGCCCAAAAUGGAGGUGCCAUAUCUCCGUCCUACCACCACUUCUUCAGGAGUGUGAAAACCAGGCACCAUUGAUCUCUUCGGCAUUUGCUCACUGUUUUCCUAUAGAUAUGUAUUAUAUUGAGAGUACAAAUUGCAUUAAUGUAUCUUAAAUCAAUAAAUGUUUUUAGUCAUUUACUUUUAUAUAAUUGGGUUGUUUGGUAUAUUAUUUUACCCUGUUUCAUUAGACAUAACAUAUUAAGUACUUUUGGAUUUCACGAUUAGAUUUCGCUAGUGAUCCUUACUUACCAAUAAACCACAUAUCUGAUGGCCAAGUCUACAGAUGCAAACAACGG